CAGGAAAAUGAAGCGGCUAGCUUAUUAUUCCCUGGCUGGACAAAUAUGCAUUCUCAUGGACGCCCCCGAAGCCAUUUGGUCUGCUGUUGAAAGCAAAGAUAAUUUGCUAGCGGCUGAAUUAUACCUUCUUGCGAGACAAGUGUACCAUGGUCUUAAAUUCAAUACGUCCAGUGGAACGAUGUCUUUGUCUUGCGAGAAAAUCAUGCAAUGGUUUCCCGUGAUAUCGCGUCAAUGGGGCGCAAUUUCUCACUUCAAGGAUGUGAUUUUGCAAGCAUGUCGGAUUCGACUUGAAGACUUAUAUUUGACUCCGAAAAUCGCUGCUGAGGACCUUCUAGCAGUUCUGCUGCUGAAGAACGUCAACGUUGAGUAUAUGUUGGAACUGUUCCUGGAGUUUCGCAGUGAAGUUCUGCAGCGGCUCGUGAACCUGGACAAAACGAAAACUUCAUCGAAGGAGCAGAUUUGCCUUCUCAUGCAGCUGUUCUCCAACACUUUCACAAUUGUCUAUUCCUGUUUCAUAAGCGCUGCGGACCAUGCGGGAACUGAUGCAGAAACAGGUUUGCUACCUCGAUGGGCAGCUGCGAGCUUUCGUGCUGAUAACAACGAAUGCAGACGUCCGCUUUUAAGUUACCUGAACAUUCACAAUUCACCUGCAGACAAGUAUUUGCCUGAUAAGAUUAAGACAUACCGUCCUAACCCGUCCAGUUCCGUCGAGUCUUUGGAGAAGCGUUUGGUGUGCAGCAAAUGUUCUUCCUGGUCUUCGAAAGGCAGGGCUUCCGUGUCGACAAGCAUUCCAAAAUGGCUUGAUUACGUUGAUAGUGCGAAGAAUUUAUCCACCAUAAGACAAGCUGUAUCUGCGGUGCUCGCUGCGGAUGAGUAUAGCCGAGACUGGGACAAGAUACUGGCAGUACUGCUUGAGGAGGAAGUUCGUUUCAAGCGUUGGGAAGAUCUAUUUUUGCCUCAUUUCACUGCGCGGGCUUUCAAGAUAAUUGAUUCUCAAAUAUCUGCCUUGUCGCGAGGAUUAGUAGCCGAUGUCACCGAGUUCCUUCGCAGCAUCGAAAAAGAGAAAAUUGCAGAAACUGACUUGUCGCCGUACAUCUGGUCUGAAUCUGGUUCUGAUAUACCAGAAGUCGAUGGUUGGAUCAGUCCCGUUCGUAUGGGAAGGAUUGGUCUCGAUUCCGGAGAGUUGCCGAUGAAAACUCUUGGUCUCAGCGAAGGAGUCUUGAAAGCAUGCCGAUUGAUGGAUGCUGAAGCCGGAAGAAUCCUUGAAGAUAUAGGAAAUUACGUGGACCCUGAGAGAAGCAAUUCUUCGUUUGACCAAUCUGCAGACAAGGAUGAAAUUUUCGAGAAACUUGCAACCUCAAUUGUAUCUGAAAUGACCGCGUCUGUCGAACAAAUCGUUUCGGAUGUGAAGCAAGAUUUGCAGAACCACGUCGGCGACUUCCAGAAAAUGAUCGCAAAGCUCGUUUUCGUUGCCAGACUCUGUCACGCUAUUCCUCAACUGUGCUCCAAUUUCCGGAGUUGUGUUGAUAGCUUAAAUAAUUCUACAGUGUCAGCGGAAUUCUUGAUGAUUUGGGAACGUGCGGAAACUUGGGCCUAUUCCCAGUGGACGAAAGAAAUCGCAAAUGAAUUCCAGAGGCAAUUGACCGCUCAUUUUCCUGUGAUUUCGGUUGAUCUAAUUUUUUCAACCAUACCGGUUUGGGAUGCAAUAUUGGUGGACGAAGAAAAUGCGGAAGGACUACCGAUUAAAUCUCAGAUCAAAUUGCCGAGUGGUCCUUCCUACUUUCUGCUGGAUGCUAUUCUAUUUGCUGCUGAAACAGUCAAUGCCGCGGGAGCCCAUGCAAUUGCACCGGAAGUCAAGGUUACGUUGGCGGAAAACUUGAUGCGGGUUGUGUUGGAUCAUUACUGUCACCGGAUCACGUCACCGAUUGUGACCCAGGCCAUUGCGCUGCAACUGAUCUUUGACAUCCAUUUUGCGAACAAUGUUUUAGUCGCACCAAAAAACCAGGACUUGAAUCGAGACGUUUCCAAGACGUGUGGGAAUUUGGAAGAGUUUGUUGAUCCAUUCGACCUGGAAGUGUCCAUGCCGAAUUUGAUGUCGAACUUGAAAAAAUAUACCAGCCGUUCGGAGGCAUACUUGAGUGUGCUGACGGUUAAAGAGAAGGUCAACCCCGGAACAGCGGAACCGAAGUUGACUGGUGAUAAUCCGAACUCGUCUGCCCUCGCACUGAACGUCGGUCACUCGAGAUUUCCUCUCCUGCCUCUGGCUGUGCAAAAACCGCAUGCCCCUCUUAUAGCUGACGAAUUUGACUUUGGCAACACCGAUCUUCAUCCUAGUACCGCCCACCGAGGAGGCGUGAGAGGGGGAAAGAUGAAGGCGACAUCGAUUGAGGAGUCCAAUGGAACGGGUAGCAAACCCCCGGGUGACCCAAUGUUCAAGACUGACAUGAAGGGCUCUAAGAGCAGUGCUGCGUUUUUCUUCGAAGCCAUUGGGACGAAUUGGUUCGGCUCCGGCUCAAAUUAAAGCAGCAUUGGAGCAUCGCCGGUCUUCAUCCUGUCGAAAUUUUGUUUUGUUUUUGUUGGUUAAUUGAAGCACGCUAUCAGUUGUGAUUGUUGGGAAUUGCUGACAGGAUUGUGCGUCAGGUUUGUUCAAGGAAUUCCUGUGGGAUUUGAUAUGUGCACAAUUCAUGAGUUGGACAGCCGCAGUGACUGUUAUGCCGCGAUUGUUGUCUUUGGAAACUGGAUGCCGUUAUUUUGAUCACUUCAUGCUUAUAUGCGUUUUUGUUUGAUUCAUGGUAUGCGGUAAGAAAACGUGGAAAUGAAUUUUCUGCUAAAGUGAGCACUCACAAAAA